AUGAGGAGCCCACGGGAGCUCGCGGACCAGAUGCGGUAUUGUCGUUUCCACCGACAAAAUGGGCAUGACACGGAGGAGUGCCGCGAGUUGAAGCGACAGAUCGAGGAGCUGAUUCGAAGAGGGCACCUCGGUCGCUAUCUACAGCAGGAUAAAGAACCUUCCCCACGGCCCGAGGGCCCCAUCGAAAGACAGAUCGACGUGAUCAUGGGCGGCCCAGCGUCUGGGGGAAACAGUAUGUCUGGGCGGAAAGCAUACGCCCGCGUUGCCGCGGUCGAAGACUAUGGGCGCGGGCCCGGGCCCGAGGUCACGUUUCCUGUCGAGAGAGCCGAGCAGCCCGAACACGAUGAUGCAUUGGUAGUGACCACCAGGAUCGCCAACGCCUGA